AUGACCAUGUCAUCAUUUACAUCACUCACUCUCUCGCCCACACCAUUGAUAUCGUUCAACAUUGCCACUCCGAGCCGAACCCUCGACGCCAUAAUAGAGAGCCGCCAUUUCAACAUACACAUCAUGUCAGGGGACGAAUUAGGCGUGCAAGUAGCAGACAGGUUUACGAGGGGCAACACGGACGAUGUGUUUGACGGGUUGGAAUACGAUACGAGCAAGACGGAUGGAGCACCUCUGCUGAGAGGCGAGGGAAUCAUGUAUGCUCUGAGAUGUAGACUGCUGCCCGACGAACCCACGAGGGGUCUGUUAAAAGUCCGGGAUCAUGUCAUUGUUGUGGGAGAAGUGGUGGAGAUGCUACCUGGCAGCUGCGCGAACAAGUUUGGGCUGUCGUACGCGGAUCGAAAGUAUCGCCAGAUUGGGAGUGUGAUAUCGCAGGAUUAG